UUAGAGCUGAAGAAAUUGAUGAGAAGAGCCAACUGAACGCACAUCAUGCAGAUGUGGGCUCUCUCUUAAAGCCGAGCCCUUCACACUUCCAGCUAUUGAUCGAAGAAGUGUAGCCUCUCCCUCCCUUGCAGUUGUCAGCUCCCUCUCCUGUAACCCUCCUAUAAAACAGUUUUCAGUUUUACUUGCCUGUCUGCUCUCUCUCACACACACUCCAGAGAGAGAGAGAGAGAGUCUUUCGUGGUGAAGUAAUAAUGGUUUCUUUUCAAAAUUCAACACCCCAUUCUCCGAAACAGAGGGGGCCGAUCAUUCGAGGUCUGGAGAGUCUGUCCAAAAAGAGAAAGUGGGAAGAGAUGCUACGAACACGGCGAGGGCAACGGCAAGUUGAAGCUGAAGAAGCCCUAGGGAAACGAUCAUCCCAGUCAUCAGAGACAACGGAAGCCACGAGGACAGUGCUCGACAUCGAGCUCCACCUCGAAACUCCUUUGCCUUUGGAGUGGCAACAACACCUUGAUAUUCAGUCCGGACAGAUACACUUCUACAACACAAGAACGCACAAAAGAACGUCAAAAGAUCCUAGAGAAACCUCGGACACAGGUCACGCAGCUAGUCCUGGUAAUCACGUGAGCCUAGAGCUCGAGCUCAACCUCCCUUAUAACCACGACCAGCAAGACGAUCACGAGGUCCUAUCCUCAGGAACAAUGCGUGACUCCCGGAAUCUCUCAGAGAAGAAAUCAGGACGACAAGUGAAGAAGAUGCGGCCGUGGUUGGGAUUAGAGACGAGAAACGAAACCAAAGGAGAAGAAGAAGACGAGGAGGAGGAGGAGGAGGAUCAAAUGGUCGCAACAGUUUGCGGGAGGUGUCACAUGCUGGUGAUGCUAUGCAAGUCGUCUCCGACGUGCCCCAACUGCAAGUUCUUGCACCCCCCAGACCAGAGCCAUCGGAGACUCUUCAACGGUCGGCGUAGCCUCCUAUGUUAAUAGUGAUAGUUUGAGACAUAUGUAAAACCCUAAGCUUUGCAUAUUAAUUAGUACUAGGUUUACCGGGAUGAUGAAUAUAUUCAUAACCCAAGAAGUUUGUCCUGUGGUCGUCCCUUCGAGAGAGAAACAGAGAGACAGAGAGUUAAGAAUGGAAGUGGGACUACCGCAGAUGACUGUAAUGAUAGGUAGUCCGAUAUAAUAUAGUAUGAUGUAUAUUUGCAAGGACAAUUUUAUGUGUUUCCUCUC